AUGAACGCCAUUAAGGCUUGCCUAUGGUUUAUGGUGAUGCUUUCUAUCUCUCUUGCUGAAACAUUAAAUUUAAUUCUUUUUCACAAUGACACUACUUCAGCAGCUGCUUUUAAAAUUCUCCAGGAAAAUCAAUCAUUGUUUUCAUAUGACCAAUAUUCAGCCACAAAUAUUGAAGAAGUAUCGUCCCUACUGGAUUCUUUGGAAGACCCAAAAAUUUUGAUUGAUCUAGCCAAUGAUGUUGUUAAUCAUUAUUAUUUAUCACAAUUAUGUGAAAAACAAAAGACUAUUCAUUUAAUCGUUGAAGAUAACUUGGAUUAUUUGGCGGACUGAACUUUUUCUGGGUCAUCUUCAAGGGCACAUUAUUUGGAAGCGUUAAAAAAUUUAUUUGGCUAUUUUAAUUGAAGCCAAGGAAUAAUAUUCAAUUCUAAUCAGAAUUCCUAUAUCAAGGAUUAUUUGUUAAAUUUUUCAAAAGACUUCAAAAGUGUGAUAAUUGAGCCAAAUUCAAAUAUAUAGAGGUUUCCUCUAUAUAGCGCUGAAAGCGCAGACAUUUUUCCCCAGGAGCUUUCCAAGUUCGUCGGACCAAAUCGCUUUUUGGUCCGACCAAGGCAUUGAUUUGGUGCAACCAACCGAUAAAUUCCGAUCAGAAUUUAUCGGCCUUACAGCGCCAAACAUAGGAAACUUCUAUAAUAGACAUUGUAGGUAGAAUAGCUGUGCCAUUAGGCUCCACAAUGUAUUAUAUUUUUGGCGAUGAAGUAGACAGCUCUGCAAUACAGGAAGCUCUUAUUGAAAAAAAUCUUGAUGCCAUUGGGAAUGGAAUUAUUUUAGGCAAAGAGAGCUAUUUUGAUGCGAUAAUUGAUGGAAGUCUUAUAAUUUCUGAAAUAGGCCAAGAGAGUGCUAUUUCUAAAGAAAUUUACAUUUCUAAUGCAAUAUUGCAGAUUAUUUCCAUAAUUGAUGCUUCAUUGUCAUCUAUUGAUAGUUCUUAUCAAGUCAAAAAGGCUUUAGAAAAAUCAUGUUUUAACCAUUUUUGUCAAAAUACCUUUUCUUUGGUAAACUUUCAAAAGGAAUUAAGAACUAUUGUAGGAAAUUUUACUUCUUCUAGUAUUUCUAUAUCUCAAAAAAUAUUUUUUCCAGGGAAUACAACUACUCCUCCUGUUUCUGAAAAGAAAACUCUACCUAUCAGUAUAAAUGCUGGAACGACAAAUUAUGGCCAAGCGUCAUUUGCCACUCUUCCUAUAUAUGCCAGAGGGACUUCAAUGGCAAUCAAAAUGAUUAAUGAAGGCUUAGGAAUCAUUGAAAACUUUAAAAUGAGUUUAUUCGUAUAUGAUUGUGGCGCUACUUUUUAUGACUCUACUUAUGGCUAUAACUGUUUUUUAAAAGAUAUUGACAAAUUCGGCUUGGGAGCUGUAUCUUCAUAUACAUCAGGAGUCACUAUGGGAAGUCUUAAAACUUUUAAGCUGCUAAAUAUUUCAGUUCCAAUCGUAGGGGCUGUGACGUCAUCUUCAGCAUUAAACUCAACUUCAGUCUAUCCAUGGUUUUCAAGAGCCCAAGUUUCUGACUCAAAUUUAGCAUCCCAAAUGCCAAAUCUAUUAAAGGCUUUAGGCUGGCAAAGCUUCGCAGUUUUAUAUCAAAAUGAAACGUGGGGAACUUCAUCUUAUUUGGCAUUAAAGGAAGUAGCAGAUGAUGCUGGACUUACAAUCGUAUAUACAGCAGUAAUACCUCCAGGACUGAACAGAGAUGGGAUUGGUAAUUAUUCAUAUGUCUUGCAGGGGAUUUUAGAUUCUAAUGCAAGACUUGUGGUAGAAUUUAUGUAUGAUGAUUUAUUAGGCUACACAUUAGAAAAAUUUUAUGAUUUAGGAGCCAGGAAUGGAGAUUUAAUUUUUUUCUCUGCAAUAUCCGCAGCGCUCAUUGAUAUAGGAGCUAAAAAUGAUACAUAUAGGUAUAAAAGACUUGCAAUUGGCUGUCCGAUGCUUGUUUUCCAAAGUCCAGUUUGAAUGGGAACAUUAGGAAAAAGUAUUUAUAAUAAUCUCAAAAAUGAUUAUCAGACUACCCCGAGCGAUCUUUCAUGUAAUUUUUUCGAUUCAGCGUUUCUAAUUGCAAAUGCUUUAGAUUUCAUGAUAAAUAGAGGCCAAGACUAUACUGAUGGAUAUAAACUCAAUUACACUAUUCGGAAUAUAAAAAUUACAGGAUGCUCUGGAACAUUAGCUAUUUCUCAAGGUAGCAAUGAUAGAGAAAUGGAUUCUAUGAGCAUCGAUAGCAAUCAAAUUAUAAAUAAUAAUCUUGUAGUCUACCACAUAGGCUUAUAUAGUCCUUACAGUACACAAUACUUAAGUAUCUCUCAACCAUUUUACUAUGAUAAUCAAAACACCACCAUAAAGCCAUCAGAUUUGCGAAACCAAAAUGGUAAUUGCCCCUUUCCUGACUCGGAAAUCCGAACAUUUUAUGAUGGUAGAUACCUUGUAUUUGGGAUAUGUUUUUCCAUAGCCUUGGUUACAAGUAUUAUCACUUUUUAUAUAUGGAAAAGAUGAUGGAAUGUGAAAAUAGAAGACAUGAAAGCAAAAGAAGAAAUUUCUCUGCAAGAUUUUAUUGUAGGAGCUACAAUCGCUAUUGAAUUUUUUCAAUUUUCAUCUAUGGGGCCUGACUAUGGUUCUAUUAAUAGCUUCUUGUCAGGAAUUGGGGAAACUCUUUCACUAGAUUUAGGAAAUUUUGUGAAAUUGUCAAACGGGGUCUUCUGGGCUAUUUGCGAUGUAAUAUUAGCAUUAUCAAUGGCUUGGAUAAUUCUAUGCAUUACAGUGUUUUAUAGGCUUGAUGAAAAAUAUAAUCAUGUGUUUAUAUUUAGAACUUUAGGACAGCUAGCUGAUUACUUGAUGCCAAUUUUGGGAAAUUUAUGUUUUAUUCCUUUUGUUUCUGUGCUGUUAGAUGUAUUUGUGUGUGAUGAGUCGAUAGGAAAUCAUUUUACUGACUCUUUUCUAUCUAAAGAUUGCUAUCAAUUUUGCUGAAAAGGUGAUCAUGUAAUUUAUGCGAUUUUAUCAGGCAUUGCUAUUUUAACUUAUGAGCCGUUGGCUGUGUUUUGUAGACCUCUGUGGCAGGAAUUUCAAUCAGUUUUACAUGUAAAGACUUUGCCUUUGUUUCUCAUGGCAAAAACUAUAAUUCAAAUUACUUUAAUUGUGAUGAAUAAAACUGUAAAAAGAGCUGAAGCAGCUACACAUGGCUUUUUAUUUUUACUGGUAUUGCUCAUUUAUGUAAUAUUUAUAUUCAAAAAUAAACCAUAUAAUUACCCAAGAUUUAGCUGAUGGCAAGGAGUCAGCAUUAUUGGCGUUAUUUGACUUGGGCUUAUGACAACAAUAGACAUUUUAGUUAAAAGUAAAAGCUUUCCUUGGAUAGCAUUAGUUAUUGGUGGAUGAGUUAUUAUUGUAUCUGUCGGAGUUUACGUGCAAAAGAAGAAGUAUCCGAGCUUGUUAUUCAGAAAAAAAGGAAAAGACACAAGCACACUCUUUAAAUUUGCUUUUCAAUUUGGAAAUAGCUCAAAAUUAAGGGCAAAAGAGCUAAAUAAAUUUUCAACUUCAAAAGUUAUGCCAUCGACACUUACUGUAAAUAACUAA